GAAAGUUGGUGAGGCAGACGUGAAGCCAGAUAAUCUCACCUUAUCGCGAGUCGCAAUCUAUGCUUUGGCCUCUUUCGACCCUGUUUGCGAAUCCGAUCACUCUUUGCCCAUCCGGCCCAGUAGCUUACCUGUGUACCUGUCGUCCUACCUUGCCCGUUGUCCUCUUUGUCCUCUCCGCAAACGACGCGUCUUCAGACGCGCUCACUCACCAUUCCGCCCCCCAAGAUCGAGAAUGAGUCUGGCAAGAAGCAGUUGGAGCUUACACUCAUACAAAACGAUGAAAGAGCCAAGGACUUACCUAGCAAGGUGAAUGCGACAAGCAUGUGGCGGCUGGUGUACCUCUUUCUGCUUUUUGUUCGCGUCUACCUUGCUCUCUGCCCGAGCUACCUCCACCCAGACGAGAUCUUCCAAGGUCCGGAACCUAUUGCUGGAUACCUGUUUCCCUAUCCUAGCCAUCGAACAUGGGAAUGGACGUCGUCCCACCCAAUCCGCAGUGUCUUUCCAUUAUGGCCCAUAUACGGCUUGCCAAUGGCAUUACUGAAAUGGACCUGGGCGCAAGAGGAUGAUGGCCUGGUCGACCCUCACACCAUAUAUUACGCCCUUCGUCUGGUCAUGUUUGCGCUGAGCUUUGUUCUUGAAGACUGGGCAGUUCAUGAUCUGGUUCGCUCUCCACGGCACAGAAGAGAUGCUGUCGUUCUGGUGUGCUCUUCGUAUGUGACCUGGACGUUUCAGACACAUACGUUUUCCAAUGCCGUCGAAACCAUUCUUGUGCUGUGGAGUCUGGUCGUGAUCGAAAGGAUUGUGGGUGAAAAUAAACGAUCAGCAAUAGCCUCCUGCAUUGUGCUAGGCUUUCUUCUCGUCUUUGGCACGUUUAAUCGAAUUACUUUCCCAGCCUUCGUUGUGAUACCCGGCAUCCAACUGUUGCCACACUUUUUACAUAGACCUUUCUGCCUUCUCGCACUUGUUCUUUCCGGCACAUUCUGGACUCUGGUUGCUAUAGUCAUCGACACAGCCUACUAUUCCGACGCUGCAGCGACCAGAUCCUUCCGAGCCCUAUACGACCACGUCCACCAUGCCCCUGUAAUAACACCACUCAAUAAUGUACUGUACAACACUCAAACCAGCAAUCUUGCCCAACAUGGCCUGCAUCCCCACUAUCAGCACUUCCUGAUCAAUCUCCCACAGCUUCUUGGACCAGCGAUCAUUCUUCUAAUCGCGUCCGGCUAUCCUUUCAACCUGCGUAUCCUCAAAGCAACACUCAGCAACGCGCGCCUCGCCUCCGCCACAACAGGAACCCUACUUCUCAGCCUCUUUCCGCACCAAGAACCGCGCUUUCUCCUUCCCACAAUCCCCCUAUUCCUGAGCUGCAUCCGCCUUCCCACGAGCACCCUCUGGAGACGCAUCUUCUGGGUCUCAUGGAUUCUCUUCAACACUGCUCUCGCCAUUCUCAUGGGGAUAUACCAUCAAGGGGGUAUCAUCGCGACCCAGCUCGCGAUCCCAUCUCUGCUCACCCAGUCGAUCACCCACACGCAAUCUCGUACUCACAACAUCGAAGUCUUUUGGUGGAAAACAUACCCUCCACCCAAUUUCAUCUUGGGCACGGAACCGCGCCAUCCCUUGACGAACAGCAGUCUGAAUAUAUCGACCGUCCCGCUCAUGGGCUUUCCCCAGUCCGAACUCGUCUUCAUGCUGAUGCAGCACAUGCCAACAUGCGACCCCUCGCUCAUAGAGCGGUUGAUUCUGCAUAAGGAGAAAACAGACGUAUUUGUCGUUGCCCCUUUAUCUGCAUGGCGUCUCCAAGCCACUGAGCCGCCCUCGUCGAAUUUCAGCUUCUCCGUCGCGUUCAACAUCCCCCCGGCCGAGCUUAUCAUGACGAAUAUCUUCACGUAUCGGCAGCACAUCAACCUGGAUGACAUGGACUUUGGUGAUGACGGGGUGCUUCCGACACUACAACGUGUGAUUGGUAGAAGGGGCCUAGGAGUAUGGAAAGUAGACAGAAUCUGCGGGCCGGUCGAGUACGUCGACAAACAUACCGGUGAGCGCGUGCUGCCGAACAAGGUCUUGGAGCAAGAGGUGGAUGCGCACAUCCAGGAGCAACGGCAGACGCCGUCUUCUGCAGAUUCAAUUGGAGAGACUGAGACAGAUGCGGUUCCUACCGUCACGACGACGCUUGCGAACACGCUUACGAGCCACUCAGGUACCAGUGCAGAUGUAUCCUGAGAAUGUCCUUUGGCAGCCUCGGUGGCAUUGGCAGUCACAGGGCAAGAGAAGGCUACAGGACUUGCCAGCAAGUGAAGCUUUUGAAUGUCGACAGCAAGGCUACCUAAGCACUACCUAGGCAGUUAAUCGUGAGUCUACACGCUACAAAUGUCAUCUGCCACUUAAAUAUUCUCUAUCUCUGGGACUAUGCCAGACGUACUACACGGGGCACAAAUGGACUUUUUUUCUCAACUACCUUGCACAUGCCAACGACACGGCUGGAUCGUACUUGGGCUCCCCUCCUGAAUCCGACUGU